CUAGAUUAUAUAUAAUAAGAUUGAACUCAAUAACACUUUCAUUGACAAUAUGGUAUAUAACCAGUUCAAAUCUUUAGCCUUUGUUGCUAUUUUUGCUUUAUUUUUUUCCAAAGCUUUAGGAACCCCGGAUGUAAAUCAGGAAAUUCAGAGCCUUAAAACAACGGUUAGCCAAUUAAAAAAUGUGAUAUUAAAUCACAACGACAAAUUGGUGGAGCUAUACAGUCACUUAAAACAACACGAAAUAACCAUAUCAGUUCUACAGAAUGACCUUCAACAUAAACAUGCAGCUACAACGAGUGGAAGUGUUUACAUCAGAUGGGGACGGAAAGAUUGUCCGUCAAACGGCACAGGCAUAGUUUAUACAGGAAUGGGAGCUGGUGGCCACUAUGCAAAUAUUGGUAGGAAUGCAAAUCCUCUUUGCAUACCUCAUGAUCCGGAAGUUGGAAACAAAAACACAGAAGCAGCAUAUGGAGCUGUCACCGACCGUGCAAGGGCUGUAUAG